AUGCGUUUUAUGUCGACUCUUGCUACGGCACUCCUGUUCACGGUGAACGUGACAGGGGCCAGCCCAGCAGCCCAAUCAGCCUCAGCGGGUACCGUCGCGCCUGCUGCCGCCAACAACGUGGAGGAGGCCGCACCUACAACUUCUGCCACUCAGCAGCAGGCUAACGUAAACCAAGCCAAUGUCAAUGCCGCCAAUACUCCUGCGGCAGACCCCACCCCUGCAGCGGAUCCUACCACUGCUGCAGCGGAUCCUACCACUGCUGCCGCGGAUACUGCUAAUGCGGUCACCCACGGAGCCAACACUGCUGCUGCUGCUCCCAAGGAAGAGGAUACCACCUCUGCUGAAGAUAACACCGCUGCCCAGGACAACGCCGCCCCGACCACGACAGCCAAGGCUAACAACCCCGUUGGAUCUCUGGUUGGCGGUGUCGAGACCGCUCUCGGCGGCGGUGCUUCAUCAUCCGAGUCCGAGUCUGGCCCUACCGCUACCAAGGCUGCUGGCACUGGCGCCAGCUCAGCUGCCGAGGCUGACCAGAGUGAAACAUCCUCUGCUGCCUCUUCUUCCGGUACCACCAGCACCAAGUCCUCUGGCAGCUCCUCUGAUUCGGACAACAUUCUGUCCGGCUUGGAAAACACACUCACCGGCUUGCUUGGUGGUGACCGUCACCGAUACCUUCGAAUUCCUGUCCACCAGUUUGGCUCCCCCGUCGACAACGAUAUCCGGAGCUUGGUAGCCAAUGCCAACAACCUUCUGACCGCAGACUUCUCCAAGAAGGUCGGUGGUCUGAUCGACAAUGCCAACGACCUCUUGACCAAGAAGAACACCCAGGAGAUCAUGUCUUUGAUCAACAACGCUAACGGCCUUCUGACCUCCGACUUCGUCAAGAAGGUUGAUAACUUGAUUGACAACGCUGCCCUGCUUCUUACUGCCGAAGACACCAAGGCUAUCAUCAACCUGGUCAACAAUGCCAACAAGUUGCUCACUGCCAACUUCGUCAAGGAGACCACCAAUCUUAUUGGAAAGGCCAGCCCUCUCAUCGACCAGGCCAGUGGUCUCCUCACCGAGGGCAACGUCAAGGAGAUCGAAUCGCUUCUGUCCAACGCAAACAAGCUGCUUACUCCAAGCUUCAUCGAGACCACCGGCAAGCUUAUCAAGCAGGCCGGUCCUCUUAUCACCCAGGCCAGCGGUCUCCUCACCGAGGAGAACACCAAGGAAAUCGAGUCUCUCCUAUCCAACGCCAACAAGCUACUCACGCCCGACUUUAUCCAGAUUACCGGAAAGCUUAUCAAGCAAGCCGGUCCUCUCAUCACCCAAGCCAGUGGUCUCCUCACCGAGGCGAAUACCAAGGAGAUCGAGUCGCUUCUGUCGAACGCCAACAAGCUGCUUACCCCAGGCUUCAUCGACACCACCGGGAAGCUUAUCAAGCAGGCUGGUCCUCUCAUUAGCAAGGCCAGCAACCUUCUCACCGAUGGCAACGUCAAGGAGAUCGAGACGCUCCUGGGCAAUGCCAACGAUCUGCUUACCACCAGUUUCGUGAACCAGACCUCCACUCUGAUCGAGGAGGCCAGCGAUCUUCUGAGCCCCGGCACCAUCUCAAGCAUCAAGGGUCUGCUCGACCAGGUCACUCCUUUGUUGCCCGAGCUCAAGGGACUUCUCAAGCCGGCUACUAUCACCGAGAUCGAGAACGUUCUGAAGAACGCCAACAAGCUGCUUACCGACGACUUCGUCAAGGAGACCAGCAGCCUCAUCAGCGAAGCCGACAGCCUUCUGACUCCGGACCUCACCAAGGGCUUGAAGUCGCUGCUCAGCGAGAUCAUUCCUCUGAUCCCCGAGAUCAAGUCUUUGCUGACCAAGGGAAUGAUCAGCUCGAUCGAGAACCUCCUCACCAACGCCGAGAACCUGUUGACGCCCAAGUUCGUCAACGAGACUAUGAGCUUGGUUGGCGAGGCCGACAGCCUGCUGACUCCGGACCUCACCUCUGGCUUGAAGUCUAUCCUCAGCGCCGUCACGCCCCUGCUUCCCGAGAUCAAGCACCUCUUGACCAAGGGCACCGUCGACGCCAUCGGAUCUCUCUUGACCAAUGCCAACAACCUCCUGACCCCCAAGUUCGUCAACGAGACCACCGGCCUCAUCGACAGCGCAGACGACCUCCUGACCCCAACCAUCGUCCACGGACUGAAGGACCUCCUCGGAGACGUCAUCCCAUUGAUCCCCGAUCUCUCAAAGUCGCUGCUGAACACCACCAUCAUCACGGACUUGGGCUACAUUGUGACAAACGCUACCAACCUGCUCACACCCCACUUCGUCAGCGAGACCUCUGGCCUCAUCGAUACCGCAGACGACCUUCUCAGCCCCAAGCUGGUCAGCUCCCUCAAGGAUAUCGUUGGAUACCUACCGGAGAUCAUGCCCGAGGUCAAGAAGUUGCUCAAGCCCGCGACCAUCACGGAGAUCGGUUCGCUCUUGGAUAACGCUAGUGACCUCCUCACUCCUAAGUUCGUCAACGAGACUACACUCCUGAUUGACGAUGUCACUGGCUUCUUGCCUUUGAUUCAGGAGUUGCUCAAGGCGCUGUGA